CAAAUUUCUGCCUCCGAUUCUCCCUUCCCUUUCCACUCGCCGCCGGCGCUCAAACCCCUCCAUCACCUCAGCCGUAUGCUUUUCUCCGAUUACUUCAAUCCAAUUCCCAGGGAAGCUGUUCGUACUCAGAUUUAACGAUUUUGAUUUGGAUUAAGGCAGGAUAACAAAAGUAGCUCUUUGUAAGUUGAUUUAUGAUGAUUGAACAGCAUGAUGUUGUUGUAAAGGUGUCUAGUCUGCUUGUUUAAUCUUCCUUCAACAAAAUUAGCUUUGGGUUAAGUUACUCUACGCAAAUGGACCGUAAAGAUACUUCAGGAUUUGUUAGCGGAGGUGGGAUUUAUUCCCUCCGUAAAAUAUAGUCUUUGUUUUGUGACUAAGUUUCUUAAACCCGGAAGUCAGGUGUACUGUUCUGUUGCAAUUGAGAUUUGGUCUGUAUAUUAGUGUUCCAGUUCAUUACUUGAUACAUGGAUGCAAGGUUUCAGAACUUGGGUUUUACUGCAAAUUAUGUAGCAAAUGCAUUCAAGACUUUUUCAAGUUCAAUGCAAGUUGGAGGAAUGGGAGCUGGAUAUGGCAAGGAUACUGUCUUGUGUCUUGAUUCCCCUGGUUCUUCUCUUCCUCAGUUGUCCUCAAAGGGGAUCAAACGUAAGUGGAGUUUGAUGGAUGGAUCCAUGGGCGAUCAAGUUGGCUCCUCUUUAUCUCUUGGGUUGGGCCACUCAUCAAGUUCCUCAGACAGCAAGGGGAGUUCAACAACUACUUGCACUCCAAUGUCUUCAUCCAAAGAAACUGAUGAGGAGUCCUCAGAGGCUAUUGAAUUGGACUUUACUCUCCAUCUUGGUAACGAGAAGGUUUCUAACUCUAAGAAACAUGCUAGUUCACUUGUGAAAAGGAAAGAACUGCAACUAAAGGUGGACCUGGAAUUAAGUCUCUCCACUAGGUCCUCUGAGUCUGAUAUAACGAGUGUCCAUCUGAGCAGCUCUCCUGUUCAAAGUGGAAUGGAGAUUCCAAAUGCAUAUGAAGGAUCAAUGUCUCUUUGCAGUAAACCAGGGAUUGCACUGCCACCAUUGCAGAUUUCACCAGCCAACGAGGCUAGCAUCUUCUUCAAGGAAGUUCCAGGAACUAAAGAUCUUCCUUCUAUUGUUCCAGACCUGUCUCCAAGUGCAAUAAGAAUGGCAAAAAGCUCAGUCACCUGUACUUCCGGGAAAACAAGACAGCUACAGCCACAACACCGCAGCUCUAGUUCCAAGACAUGUAGUUCCAAGACAUGUCAGGUUGAAGGAUGUGGAAAGGGGGCUAGAGGUGCAUCCGGACGUUGUAUUUCUCAUGGGGGUGGUAGAAGGUGCCAAAAACCUGGCUGCCACAAGGGGGCCGAGGGCCGGACUGUGUAUUGCAAGGCCCAUGGUGGUGGUCGGAGAUGUGAAUUCCUCGGUUGUACCAAGAGCGCUGAAGGUCGCACUGAUUACUGCAUUGGCCACGGUGGCGGGCGGAGAUGUAGUCAUGAGGGUUGCACUCGAGCUGCCAGAGGGAAAUCGGGUCUGUGCAUCCGUCAUGGAGGGGGGAAGAGGUGCCAGAAAGAAAAUUGCACAAAAAGCGCAGAAGGUCUCUCAGGACUUUGCAUCUCACAUGGCGGUGGCCGUAGAUGCCAAUAUACAGGAUGCACGAAGGGGGCACAAGGAAGCACAAUGUUCUGCAAGGCACACGGAGGUGGAAAGCGAUGCACAUUUCUUGGGUGUACUAAAGGCGCUGAAGGAAGCACACCUUUCUGUAAGGGCCAUGGAGGGGGGAAAAGGUGUGCAUUCCAAGGUGGUGGAGUUUGUACAAAAAGCGUGCAUGGAGGAACCAACUUCUGUGUGGCACAUGGGGGUGGCAAGCGCUGUGCUUAUCCUGAGUGUACAAAGAGUGCUAGAGGACGAACUGAUUUUUGUGUCCGUCAUGGUGGAGGGAAGAGAUGCAAGUAUGAAGGGUGCAACAAGAGCGCACAGGGUAGCACAGAUUUUUGUAAGGCACAUGGUGGUGGGAAGCGAUGCUCUUGGGGCCAUCCUGGGUCAGAAUAUGGAAACCAACCUACUGGUCCUUGCAACUCUUUUGCAAGGGGCAAGACAGGUCUCUGCGCACUCCAUAGCGGCCUGGUGCAGGAUAAGAGGGUUCAUGGGGGUAUUACAUUGGGACCUAUGAUCCAACAGCCUAAACUUGGUAAUCCUGAGAAGAUGAAAGAGGUUGUCAAUGCUGAGGACAUGAACAUUGAUAUCACAAAAAUGGGUAGUAGUACCAUAGAAGCUUCAGCAGGCAGAACCUGGGCUGAUUGGAACCAAUAUGGGGUAUCAAAUGCUAAUGUCCCAGUUGCAGAGGGAGGCAUCUCACUUCCUGCCCCAGAAGGAAGGGUGCAUGGUGGAAUUUUGAUGGCAGUGCUGGCAGGCGGUCCUGGUGUUGGUUCAAGCAACAGCAAUGGUGUAGCCAGUGAUCCAUUAACUCCCAGGAAAUGGAUCUAAAGCUUGUUUUGGCACUCUCUUUGCAAUUCCAUCUUUGAAGUCAGAAUGUUUGGUGUGCUUGCUUUGUCCUUUUGCUUUAGUCUUGUUCAGUCUUGGUGCUUGAAACAACUUAUUUAUUGUGUUCAAAUAGGGAGAACAUUAGGUGCCCCUCUGCGAAUGAGGACUACUUGGAUAUCAAGUGGCAUGUAGUAGUUGGCUUCGAGUCCCAUCAUUGUUUUUCCUUUUUGUAAAUAUUUAUAAAUAUCCUGCAGGUUGUUGUGAAAACAGGUUAGUCCCUGUAAGGUCAGGUCAGGUCAGAUCAGGUCAGGUCAGGUCAGGUCAGUCAGUUUGUUGAACAUCAUGCUUGCAAUAAAGUCUUUCUGCUUUC